CCAAACCCUGAGAGAAUGAACCAUCAGACGAUUCACAUGAUACCAGUCCCGGCCAUUGAAUCAGCCCGAGAGACACUCUUAGACUUUGAAACUCAGCGUCGAUUCUCCAGACCUGGUGGAGCAGACAAGCCAUCCUCACUCAGUGUGCCCUUUGUGAAUUUCUGGUUCAGAGAAGAUAAUCUCAGUGAUACCUUGAAGAAGCUGAAGAUAACAGCUGUUGACAGAACGGAGGAUAGUUUAGAAGGAUGCUUGGACUGUCUGCUUCAAGCCCUGGCUCAAAAUAAUUUGGAAACAAGUGAAAAAAUCCAAGGAAGUGGAAUACUUCAACUGUUUGCCAGUCUGUUGAUUCCACAGUCUCCGUGCACAGCCAAAGUAGCUAACGUCAUAGCAGAAGUAGCCAAAAAUGAAUUUAUGCGAACUCCAUGUGUGGAUGCUGGGUUGAUUUCCCCACUGGUGCAGCUGCUACAUAGCAAAGACCAGGAAGUGCUGCUUCAAACGGGCAGGGCUCUAGGAAACAUAUGCUACGAUAGCCAUGAGGGCAGAAGUGCAGUUGACCAAGCAGGUGGUGCACAGGUUGUAAUUGACCGUUUAAGGUCACUGUGCAGUAGAACAGACCCCGCCAAUGAGAAGCUCUUGACUGUCUUUUGUGGCAUGCUGAUGAACUAUAGCAAUGAGAAUGAUUCCCUUCAAGCUCAGCUUAUCAAUAUGGGUGUUAUUCCUACCUUAGUGAAAUUACUGGGUAUCCACUGCCAAAAUGCAGCUCUUACAGAAAUGUGUCUUGUUGCAUUUGGCAAUUUAGCAGAACUUGAGUCAAGUAAAGAACAGUUUGCCAGUACAAAUAUUGCUGAAGAACUGGUAAAACUCUUCAAGAAGCAAAUAGAACAUGAUAAGAAGGAAAUGAUUUUUGAAGUUCUUGCUCCAUUGGCAGAAAAUGGUGAGAAAAUAAAUGCGCUUCUUGGUUUUUUGGGUUUGUUGAAAACAGUGUCUACUGAGCUGCAGAUGUCCAUUCCCUAUUAUCCAGCAGUUCCACUCUUAGGAAUAUACCCAGAAACAUGCAGCGGGAGCCAUUACAGGAAUAUUCAUAGCAGCAUGAUUUAUAAUAAUGAAAAAUUGACUGAAUAUCCAUUAAGUCAAGUAUUUUCCUUUUGUCUGUUUCAUUUACCCCCAGAUGAAUCUAUGCAGAAAUUAUUUGAAGGAGGAAAAGGUAAUGUGUUUCAAAGAGUGCUGUCCUGGAUUCCAUCAAAUAACCAUCAACUGCAGCUUGCUGGAGCAUUGGCAAUUGCAAAUUUUGCCAGAAAUGAUGGAAAUUGUAUCCACAUGGUAGACAAUGGAAUUGUAGAAAAACUUAUGGAUUUAUUGGACAGACAUGUGGAAGAUGGAAAUGUGACGGUACAGCAUGCAGCACUAAGUGCCCUCAGAAACCUGGCCAUUCCAGUUGUAAAUAAAGCAAAGAUGUUAUCAGCUGGGGUCACAGAGGCAGUUUUGAAAUUCCUUAAAUCUGAAAUGCCGCCGGUUCAGUUCAAACUUCUGGGAACGUUAAGAAUGUUAAUAGAUGCUCAAGCAGAAGCCGCUGAACAACUGGGAAAGAAUGUUAAAUUAGUGGAGCGUUUGGUGGAAUGGUGUGAAGCCAAAGAUCAUGCUGGUGUGAUGGGGGAGUCAAACAGACUGCUCUCUGCCCUCAUACGACACAGUAAAUCAAAAGAUGUAAUUAAAACCAUUGUACAGAGUGGUGGCAUCAAGCAUCUAGUUACCAUGGCAACUAGUGAACAUGUAAUAAUGCAGAAUGAAGCCCUCGUUGCUUUGGCACUAAUUGCAGCUUUAGAACUGGGCUCUGCUGAGAAAGAUCUAGAAAGUGCUAAACUUGUACAGAUUUUACAUAGACUACUAGCAGAUGAGAGAAGUGCUCCUGAAAUCAAAUAUAAUUCCAUGGUCCUGAUCUGUGCUCUCAUGGGAUCUGAAUCUCUGCACAAGGAAGUACAGGAUUUGUCUUUUCUAGAUGUUGUAUCCAAACUUCGCAGUCAUGAGAACAAAAGCGUUGCCCAACAGGCCUCUCUCACAGAGCAGAGACUUACUGUGGAAAGCUGAGAACUGCCCCGCCCUAACACGUGGCAUCACCCCAUCUCUGGUUUUCCCUUUGUCCUCCAUCCAGCUGCCUCUUCUGCUUCAUUCUCUUCCAUAUCACUUGUGCAUGCGUGUAAUGUUCCAAUACCAAUUGAAGAACUGCUGUAGGUACCUGCCCAAUAAGAUUUCUAAAACCAUAGUUAGUGUGAACAUGAAUUUGUCAAAAACAAGUCUCCAUCCUAACUGUUCUCUUGUAUUCCUGUUGCUUGAGCUACAUUAAGUAGAAUGUGCAUGUUGUAGUCCUAUGAUGAUGUAAACUUGGUACUACAUAAUGACUUGCUCCUCACACUUGGUAAACUACAUAAUGUACUGGUAAAUUAGAAACAAACAAGAAUGCAGCAGGACCUGUCUAGCUUAUUAAAAAUGGAAUUGAAUAGUAAAAAUGGCUCCAUUUAUUUGGUGCUUUGGAAGCACAGUGACCAAAAAACUGUAUGGCUGCUCAUUCAUUAGUCUUACCUACUAUUGUCAAACCCAUGGUACCUAGAGUUAAAUAAAAUCCAAUGCUCUCACUCUUUACCCUAUGGUUUCUCCUUCUUUCUAACUAUGUAGACUCUUGAAACUGACAAAAACUUGGCAAGAUUUCCUGAGGUUUUUUUUAUUUCAUAGGUAAUUGGCUGUCAUCAGUAGCCGGAUGUUGAAAACAUUUGUAGUUUUCAGCAUGAAACUAAAGGGUUAAGAAUCUCUAUUACACUAGUACAUCUUGUUUUUUGGCUAUAUUUUAGAUUCUGAUAUAUGUACAAUUUCACCUCAGGACUUCUUCCAUCAAUUAAUCAGCGUUGUCCAACAAUUUGUCUUUAAAAGUCACUUUGGCAUAUGUUUUCAACUAAGAAAAUUGAGUAUAGCUCAUUGAAGAAUGGAUUUUUUUCUUGUUUUUCAUCAUUUAGCUCAAAAGCAAGAAGUUUCUUCUCAUCGUCCUUUUAAAUCUUAUAUUAGAACUAGCUAGACAUAAAGGGGAAAUUUUUAAAAUAACUUUGUCUAGACUAAAGAAAGGAAACAGGUUAUAAAGCCAUAGUAGCCAGUCCAGUUCAUUCUGCAGAUGAUGGCCUCAUACCAGUUAGAGCUUCCCAUCUCCACUUUCCACAGAGAACUACCGUAGAUCUUAAAGGCUAUCAAAAAAGGUGACAGAACGAAAACUCAAGAGACAAGACCCCCUUGGCGAAAUAUACUGUACUCUUCACUGCCACUACCACCACCAAAUGGGUUUUUAGAUCUUUGAAACACAAUCUUUGUAAAUUAAUCAAAAUGUCCCUGUGACAAACCUGCCUUUUCCCCGUGCCCACGUCUGACACAUACUGGCUGACGGGCAGAAUGGGCUCCAGAGUGGAAGGACUGCAGGACAGUAGAAUGGGCGGCCAGGGGCAGCAGCAACUCUUUCCUCUCCGGCAUGAGAUGGUGUACAUCUCCAGGGCGAUCGAAGAUGGACACUUGACUCUGCAACUGCUAUGAUUCAAGAAAGUUAAAACCCCAGUGGAGGUAAAGAACCUUUAGACUAAUGGUCCCAUUGGAUGUCCAAGAAAGGGACUGUUACGAGUGCUUAUGCUAUACUCACUGUAAGAAUGAUCUUGUUUAUUGUCUUCUGGGCUGGAUAGUGGACUGACUAUAUUUCAUUAUAGUUUUGAAAGAUCUGUAAUAUUGCAUAAUAGGCUGUUCAUAUUAAUAACUAAAUAAAUAAACAGUAUAUCAAACUGUAA